AGUUACUCACCAGGAACGUGAAAUAAACAUGUCGGCAAUCAAAACUCUCAACCCUAAAGCUGAAGUUGCUAGGGCUGCACAAGCUUUAGCCGUAAAUAUAAGCGCAGCCAAAGGUCUCCAAGAUGUUCUUAAAUCUAACUUAGGACCAAAGGGUACUUUGAAAAUGUUGGUGUCUGGAUCUGGAGAUAUCAAACUGACCAAGGAUGGAAAUGUUCUUCUCCACGAAAUGCAAAUUCAACAUCCAACAGCUUCUCUGAUUGCACGAGUAGCCACCGCCCAGGAUGACAUCACAGGGGAUGGGACCACCUCUAAUGUUCUAAUUAUAGGAGAACUACUGAAACAGGCCGAUUUAUACAUCUCAGAGGGUCUUCAUCCACGAUUGAUCACAGAAGGAUUUGACUUGGCCAAAACCAAAGCUUUAGAGGUUUUGGAGGAGUGUAAAAUCUCCAAGGAGAUUGACAGAGACACAUUACUACAAGUGGCCAGGACCUCGCUCCGUACUAAGGUUCACACUGAACUAGCAGAUCUGCUGACUGAGGAAGUUGUAGAUGCUGUCUUAGCCAUCAGAAAAGGAAAUGAGCCUAUUGAUCUGCACAUGGUAGAAAUCAUGGAAAUGAUGCACAAAACUGACAUGGACACCACGUUGGUGAAGGGUAUUGUGAUGGAUCAUGGAGCCCGUCACCCUGACAUGAAGAAGAGAUCCGAGGAUUGUUAUAUACUUACCUGUAAUGUCUCACUGGAGUACGAAAAAACUGAAGUCAAUGCUGGAUUCUUCUACAAAAGUGCUGACGAGAGGGAGAAGUUGGUGAAGGCAGAGAGAGAAUUCAUUGACGAGCGAGUGAAGAAGAUCAUCGCUUUGAAGAAGCAGGUCUGUGAUGGAACCGACAAGAGCUUCUACGUCAUCAACCAGAAGGGCAUAGAUCCCAUGUCUCUUGAUAUGCUGGCAAAGGAAGGCAUUGUUGGACUGAGAAGAGCAAAGAGGAGAAAUAUGGAGAGACUGACCUUGGCCUGUGGAGGAAUAGCCAUGAACUCUGUGGAUGACCUCACUCCUGACUGUUUGGGCUAUGCUGGACUGAUCUACGAACAUGUUCUGGGAGAAGACAAGUAUACCUUUAUAGAGCAGUGUAAGAACCCCCUGUCUGUCACUCUGUUGGUGAAGGGCCCCAACAAGCACACCUUGACCCAGAUCAAGGAUGCCAUUAGGGAUGGGCUCAGAGCUGUCAAAAAUGCUAUCGAAGAUAGCUGUGUACUGCCUGGGGCUGGAGCCUUUGAAAUAGCAGCAUACCAGGAACUGAUGAAGUACAAGAAUGAGGUCAAGGGCAGAGCUAGGCUAGGUGUUCAGGCCUAUGCUGAUGCCCUCUUAGUCAUCAUUAAAACCCUGGCCCAGAACUCCGGUCUCGACCCUCAGGAAUCUAUUGUCAAACUCCAGGAGGAAUACACAGGACCUAAACAAGCUGUAGGAUUAGAUAUUAAAACAGGAGAAGCAAUUCUCCCACUGGAUGCGGGAAUUUUAGAUAAUUAUAGAGUCAAGAAACAGUUACUCCACUCUUGUACUGUAAUAGCGACAAAUCUUCUACUAGUGGACGAAAUGAUGAGGGCGGGAAUGACGUCAUUAAAAGGAUAGCAGUGAACAUUUUACAUAGAAAACAUUGAUUUAUCAGACUGAAAUCCUGUGAAACUGAACAAAUAUCCCCUUUGUCAUUAAAUGUUUGAUCAAAUUC